AUGCAAGUCGGCGAUGAUGCUUCUGCAUCUAACAUUGAGGACCCAAAGGCUACUAGUCAACUACGUAAGAGUAAAAGGGUUCAACAGUCCCGGAAUACCUCUUUACCCGCUGCAGUGCGACGCACGAAAGAACCCGGAGCCCUCUCAUCCAGCUCAGAAUUGCCUCUGCACACUACUCAGAAGAGAGCAGCACCUCUUAAUGAUCAGAUAAAUGGAAGGGAAGAAGAGUGUGAGGUAGACAGUCAUAUUGAAACCACGGCAUCUUACAAUGCUUCAUCUACGGACUCAAGAGACUUGUCAGGACAUGUUUGUCUCUGCCAACUGGAACCCAAAAUCCCUCGCCCAAGGAAUGCAUUUAUUCUUUAUCGUCAGCACCACCAGCAUGCUAUCGUCGCCCGCAAUCCUGGACUCGCAAAUCCUGAAAUUUCCAAGAUUAUCGGUGAGCAGUGGAAAGCCGAGAACGAGGAUCAGAAGAAAGUUUGGCAAGAUCUUGCUCAGGAAGAAAAGGCAAGGCACCACGAACAGUACCCUAAUUAUCGCUACCAGCCUCGCCGCCUUGGAAAGCCUAGCCCCUUACCACUGAAUUCUUCUGGUCAACACACAGCCGUCGAUAAGUACCGCUGCCGUCGUUGUAGUGGUCGAAGUAUCAAGACUCCAACGAGCCCAUUCCUCUCGUCUGGUAGCACCCCAACUUUGCCUCCCCUCACGUCCGGCGAUAUUGCUCCAACGCCUUGUUUCAUGCCAAGCAUGAGUAACCUCAGUCUGGAAUCACCCGCUCACUACCGUCGUCGCCCUAACCCGUCGAAUUUUAGCAAUACUCAGGUGCCCUUAACUCCUUCAGAGACGGCAAUAUACAAUCCUAUAUCUCCAGACUUAAAGAGACGUCGUCACAACCACUCUACUUCCAGCAAUGGUCGCAGAGUUGAAGACGUCCACUUCAGCAGCACCCGUUGUGAUUCACUUCAUCCAAUCAGUCAUCAGGCGCGACAGUCCUCCCCAAAUACAGUGGCAAUGCCGCCUCCAUGCACCCCCCGUAAACGCUCGGUUGACCUCAACGUGCUCGUCCCAAAUCAACACGACCAGAGCCGAAGCGUUGAAGCAAUGGUCAUGAGUGUUCCUUAUGCUACUAAAAUCAAAGUUCUCGGUCGCAUCACGCCCCCGCUCAAAGACCCCGGCCCAACUAGCCCCGCCAUCCGAGUGCGUGGCGCGAUCCUUGCCGUUGAAGGGGACGAUAUAACAGCCAUUAAGGAGCUUGUUGAGUGGCUUAAAGAGUUCCUCGCCAAGGACCAGGAAUACAGUCCGCGAAUCGCCGAGCCACCCAAAAAUCCCAGCGAUGAUCAAAAAGAGGUCAUCUACGAAGAAUACUUGGAUCUAGUCAAAGAAUGGCAUGCGAAGAGUAGGGAGAUGAUUCAAUUCAUCACUACGCCUGUCUCGUCGGAGUCCAAUAAAGACUCUCAGACUCCUAGCCGAGAUACCUCGAUAAAACCUGUAGUCAUUCUUCCAACAUACCAGCUUAGAGCCUCGGAUACGUACACGUCACGCAUUCCGAUCCAAGAUGCAUAUAGCCCGACGGAUCACUGGCAGUGGAUGGCUACGCUCUGGCGUGGUACUGUCGGCCCGGACUUGACGAUCUAUGUUCAGAGCAGUGAGUCGAAGGAGACGCCACCGAAAGGGAAGUUGGUUGAGCUGAACGAAGAAGUGAGGUGCUUGACCGUGAAAAAGGAUAAAAUGUCUCCGUUUGAGGAAGGAGCGCUUCGAAGGGUGGGGUUCGAGGUUAGUGAGUGGAUUCGCGGUAUUGGUUCGAAGUCUGGUUAA